UUCUCUCUCUCUCUCUCCAAAAACAACAAAAAUGGAGAAAAAACCAUGCAACUCUCAAGAUGCUGAAGUUAGAAAGGGUCCAUGGACUAUGGAAGAAGACUUGAUCUUGAUCAACUACAUAGCCAACCAUGGUGAAGGCGUAUGGAACUCCCUUGCUAAAGCUGCUGGUCUGAAACGUACUGGAAAGAGUUGCAGACUCCGAUGGCUGAAUUAUCUUCGCCCUGACGUUCGACGAGGAAACAUAACUUCAGAAGAACAGCUUUUGAUCAUGGAACUGCAUGCUAAGUGGGGAAAUAGGUGGUCGAAAAUCGCGAAGCAUCUUCCAGGAAGGACUGAUAAUGAAAUAAAGAACUAUUGGAGGACAAGAAUCCAGAAACACAUAAAGCAAGCAGAAGCAUUUGCAGGUCAGAAUACAAAUUCAGAGAUAAAUGAACAUGCAACAAGUUCAAGCAGCAGUCAAUUUUCAUCAGGAAUGAUGGAGACUUACUCUGCUCCAUCUUACCAAGGAACUAUGGAGGCUUUUACAGGACCAACUUUGGCUCCUGAAUCCACUGAAACUUACUGGACCAUGGAGGAUCUCUGGUCCAUGCAGUUACUCAAUGAUGAUUAAAUAAAUAUUUUUAAUAAUAUUAAAUGAGCUCAUGCUUUCUAUCUA